AUGAGUAGUACAACAAAGAAUAGAAAGAAUAAUAGUAGUAGUAAAAGAUCUUCAAAUAUUACCAAUAGUGGUAAUAAUAAACAACAACAACAAUCAGUAGCAGAUCAACAACCUUUACAAAUAAACUAUGAAUAUCAAUCAUUCAAACAUUGGAUAUGGAUCAAUCGAGUGACCACCUUGAUGAUUGUUUUCGGUAUGUUCAGAUUGUAUAUGUCCAAUGGUGAGAUGACGGUGGGUGGUGAUUCCAACUCCAAUAUGUUGUUGUCACUUCGACUGGCACAUGUGCCACCAUCGUCACUGCUCAGCAGCAGUGGUGUCGAACUGUUUGGUCUGACACCACGAGAUACACCCUGCCUGUUUCAAUGGAAGUUUUGGGCAGAUCCAAAGAAUGCAAUUCCAAGAAGCGGUUUGAGUUUGGCGCAUUGGAAUCAAACGGCAAGCACCGUCAUCAAUGGAAAGGUUGAACCUAGAAGUGCAUGGCAACUCUAUGAGAUGGGACGUCUUAAAGUGGAUCGUCCGCACUACUUCCUUGUGGAUUCGAUCGCCAAAUCACCAUCGCAAACACCUGACAACAGCGCAGUCUAUGCCAGUACAUUUGGAAUUGGAACUGCUCUGACAUCGGCACCAAUCUUUCGUCUCUACACUGCACGUUACCCCGUGAAAGCGAAUGAUUAUUGUCAGUAUAGCCGUGAGCAUCUUUUAUAUAUUUCCAAGCUGUCGGCAUCGCUAUUCUCUGCGAUUUCCUGUGGUGUUAUGUUCCAGGUAUUUUUGGAGCUGAUUUCCAGAGACAGUAUCGAUCAUUCCAGUAAUUUUAUGUUUUCUUUCCUGCUUACCAUACUCUAUGGACUUGGUACUACACUGGCCAGUAUCAACAGUCAGGCGCUAUGGCAACACGCACCCAACACAAUGUUCCUCUCCAUCGGACUCUAUUGCUAUAUUAAAUUGCAAUCGGCAUCGAGUAGCAACAAAUCAUCGAUUAUAUACGCGAUUUCCUGUGCUUUUGCCUUGAGUAUGGCAACUAUUUGUCGUCCUACCAGCGCACUCUAUCCACUGGCCGUUCUCAGUAGAAUGUUGGUCAACUGUCUCAUUCCAGGAAAAGUUGGAUUCAAAAAACAAUUCAUUCGUUUAUUUGCGUAUGGAGUGACCGGUGCAAUUCUCGGUGCAGCAUUCCUCUACCAUAAUCAAUUAUUUUUCGGAUCACCUUUUAUCACUGGCCAGACCAUUGCAGCGGAGCAACUGGCACCAGCCAAAACCGGACUUGCCGAAGGAACAUGGACAACUCCACUAUGGACCGGUCUUUCAACGCUACUGUUCAGUCCAUCUCGUGGAUUGUUUGUACACUCGCCAUUCUUAAUAUUCUCCAUCGUCUCGCUGUUUUUCAGUGAUAAAUCAACGAUUACACUGCUCGCGCCAUUCAUGGCAUCGACUGCCAUCCUUACCUAUGCCGCCAGUACAUUCUUUGACUAUUGGGGAGGUUGGUGUUUCGGACCGCGUCCACUCACCGACUUGAUGCCAACACUCUUGGCAAUGAUUGGUGCAGGUAUCACAAGAAUGAAGAGAAUUCAGCCACUCGUGACACUGUUGGUAUGCACUGGUAUACUGGCGAUCAUCGUCCAGAUGAUUGGAAUGUACGCAUACGAUCCAAUGAUUUGGAACUACCAAAAAGCUGUACGUGGUGAAUCCGAAACCGACUUGGAAUUGAUCUCCAACUUUGAAGUACUCAGUGGAAAGCAAGCGGAUCCGGCUGGUACCGUCAUGGUAAACAUCGAUGAUCCUCCCUACCGUUGGCGUCUAUGGGACUGGAAUAACGGUCAGCCUUUUUACCUACUGAAAAACUUUGGACUUGCUAGAAAAAUGAAGAAAUACACUGUUAAACAAUGGGUAGAUGGUAGUUUAACAUAA